AAAAUUUUUUUUUUUUUUUUUUUUUUUUUUUUCAAGGCAGGAGAAGUCAUUGUUCAAGUACCAGAGCGGAACCUCGUGACCAUGAAAUCUCUACAGUCAGUUUAUGGCGCUAGGAUUGCAAGGUUCGGCAAGAAAGUUAACUCGCAUAUGAUCAUUGCACUUCACAUCGCUCUGUUGCAACAAGCGCCUGAAAAAUCGGGAUGGCUACCUUACUUGAAAAUGUUGCCAAAGAAGUUUGAUACGAUGCCUGUCCGAUACCCACCAGAGCUUUAUGAACUUCUGCCGCAGAAUGCAAUGGCGCACGUCAAUAGACAAAAAGCCAAGAUCUUGGCGGAUUACAAUUGCGCUUUGGAAUUUCUUCAGACAAAUGCUGAUCUUUUAACACGUCCGCUACAAUAUGAGGAUUACGAAUGGGCAUGGCUUGUUGUGAAUACUCGCUGCAUCUAUCUCGAUGCCAAAAAACAGAUAGCAGCUGACAAUAUUGCGCUUGCGCCUAUGCUCGAUUUCCUCAACCAUACUCAUGAUGCCAAGACCGAAGGCUUUUUCUGUACGAAAACAAAAUCUUACAAAAUAAGAACAUUACUUCCGUAUAAGAAGGGCGAACAAGUCUUCAUCAACUAUGGACCGCACGACAACUGUUUUAUCCUUGUGGAGUAUGGUUUCGUUACGCCUAAUAACCCUUUUAACUAUGUGGUAGUUGAUAACAACUUUUUGCAGCUUCCAAUCCCUGGUGAAACAAGCGGUGCAAAAAAGGAAAAAUUGGAGUUGUUGGAUAGAUCGGGAUUCCUUGGCGAUUAUGUUUUCCAUCGAAAUGAUGUCUCGUUCCGCCUGUUAGUGAGCUUGCGGUUAAGGCUCAUCAAUCCAUUCCUCAAAUCCUCUGUAGCGACUCAACUGGCGAUAGCCCAAUGGCACAAUGUCGUUAAUGGCAAGCUGGACCAAAUCAAUCUGGAAAAUGAAAGAAUGGUACCGGUGCUUCUUGAAAGGCUUUGUGAUGAAAUGCUUGUUCAAGCUAAAUCGAAUUUGAACAUUUUGGUGAGUUGA